AUGGGCCCGGUGAACUCCAAAGCAGGUGUCCCUCAGCCCCAAACCGUCCUCAGAGGCCCCGUCGCGUUUUUUUCUGGGCGGUCGAAGAGCACCGGGGCGCUCCAGUCCCUAGGUCUCCUUUCCAACCCGGUGACCCCCGAGUCCUUCGCAGAGCACCCCGGCAGAGGAGACACCCAGAUUGCACCCAAGGUUCCUGCGCCAUACGUCGGCGAAUACCUCGGCAAGCGCCACGAUUUCAACGGCCAGGUCAGGAAGGCCUUCUUGGAGACUUUUCCUUUCCCAGGACUCGGGCUGGUGGAGGCUCUUCGAAUGGUCCUCGCCACCUUCCGGCUUCCGGGAGAGGCACAGUGCAUUGAUCGCCUCAUGGAGGCGUACGCCGAGGAUCCGCUCAAAGUGACGCGCUGGAUUCCACGUGAGCGCUCGGGAGAGGAGGCGCCGGAGGGCCGGCAAACGGCUGGGGGCCCCGAGGACGCCGCGGGCGAGGAGCCCAGUCGAGUACCCAUGACGAGCUCGGACACGAUCUUCGUGUUGGCCUUCUCCAUCAUCAUGCUGAACACGGAUUUGCAUAAUCCGGGAGUCAAGAAGAAGAUGAGCUUCGAGGAGUUUGUGCGGAACAACCGUGGAAUCGACUCCGGGAAGGACAUGCCAGCGUACUUUCUGCGCGACAUCUACGAGGCCAUCCGGGAUGAUGAGAUCCGUUUGCACGGGGAUGCGCCGCCCGAGGGCGGUGACGAGCAGGUCAUCGAUGACUUUUUCUGGGAAGGCAUCCUUCUGCGCAGCGAGAGCAUCGAUGCCUUUGCCUCGACGGAGCGUCUGCUCUCCGAGGCACCGCCGACCACCACCGAGCGUGACAUGCUCCAGGUCAUCACGGACUGUGAGCCACUUCCUGUGCUGACGCACUGCUACGAGUGCGUUCCGGACGCCGGGGUCGCGCUGCAGGCGAUGACUGGCUUUCAGGACCUUGCAAGAAUCGGCGCCUACUUCGACAACGUCGAGUUAGUAAGCAGCCUUGUCCGGAGCAUCCUCUCGAGCUGCGCAGGGGCUGCCGCCUUUUCAGGCGGGGCCGUGACCGUCCGAUGUCAGAUCGCCCUGGGUGCCUCUGAAAAGUGCGUGGGCCACUUUGCCUCGCUCUUUCGCGAGGCAGAGUGGCGGGGUGCACUCGACGUCAUGCUGCAGCUGUGGGCCAUGGAUCUACUGCCCAGCCACCUCUCUGAGUUUGACGACUUCUCGGGCACGGAUGGGAAGCCCCUGGAGAGCCUCUGCAAUAUCAGGCCGCUAUUUCCGCCCCCGGCAGUGCGGCAAGAUAACGAUCCCUCCCACCAUGCGGGGGAUGCCCCCCACUCCGAUGCGAAGGCAGCUGCCGGCGACUCUGGCGACGGCUUCCUAGAGAGUCUGGCACGGUGGUUCGAGGACGAGACACGGGACGACGAGGAGGAAGAGGCGAGCGACGGCAGACUUAAGGAUGACUUGAUCGGCACUCCCUUCGCCACGAGACCGGGUGGUGACGCCAGCAGUGAUGCCGAGGUGGAGGCGUUGCCAGUGAACUGCAAAGACCCUGGCUUGGUCCACCAGAAGGUCAAGGCGUACGUGGCUCGCUCCGGCUUCGUAGAGGUCCUUGGCGCCACGGGCAUCGCGAAGGUCUCCCCGGAGAGCCUCCAGUGCCUUGCGAAGGCGCUCGUGCAGCUCUCCAAGCCUUCCCGAUGGGUGGCUCAGGGCCAGAGCCCGACAACUGCAGAACCGGCGGAUGAGGUGCAGGCCUUGAGCUUCUUACGAAUCUCACCUGCACGCCGCUGCCGGCUAGCCACUGCUUGCCGGAAGACCCAGCCGAUUGAAGUCGCACAUAUGGCCUCUGGUGAGCACUCACUUCGAGAAGCUUCUCCAGGCCUGACAGCCGUGGGGGUGCAUGCAUUUGUCGAGAUUGCCUGCCCAGCAUUUCGCAGCUCACGCCGAAAGGCUCGCCGUGCUGAAACGAUCGCAUGUGGGACUCUGGUGCUCGUACAGGAGGCCAACCUCCCUCACAGCGGUCUCUGCAACAUUUUCACCCUGCUGAGACGAAUUUCCGAAUUUCCUGCAGGUGUGGGCGCGUGCAGUGCGAGCAUCGAGUGCCUUAACUUCUGGCUGAGCGACGACCAGGAGCUCUCACGGCUGCUGUCCCUGCAGCAGUUUCCGGAGCUUUUGCGCACCUUGAAGGCUUUCGCCUCGCAGAACUCUACGCCUGCUUCGGCGACGGCUCUCAGCCACUUGUCCACGCUGGUCCCGCAGCUUGCUCGUGGCGCCCGGUCUCUGCCUGUGGAGGCUCAGUCGCAAUGGCGUUCUCUUUGGGCGCCGAGCCUGGAUGCUGGAGAGUGA